UAUGUAGAGCAGAGAAGCGUCAUUCGCGCUGCUACGUUGUCACCGAUAAGGUAACAGUUCAUGUCAGAAUUGAGCAGUACAUUCUAGCCGGUAUCUGCAGUGCCCCAGCCGUUUGACGGUCCCUAGCCCAACCGAGUUUUCCUAGUUUUGGAAGAGAGCGCGCGUUUGACCCUGUAUCGAUCUGAAUAUUACGUGUGGUCGUUCGUGCAGUACGUUCUCUCGGGAUAUUCGCCUAACGGUCGCCGUCGGCGCCGGCCUUGCUGUGCUGUUUACGCGCCGUCUAACUUAUUUUAUUCCCGCGAUCAUGCUUGCGCUGCCCAAUUAGAAACGUAAAUACCACCAAUAGAUUUGUGUGCACGAAACAUCAAUCCCAAAAUCCACUUGCAUACCUGAUCGAUUUCAAGCGAACGAGAAGUCCAGACGUUAAGAUGGGUUGCUUUGUCAGUAAAGACAAACUUACCAAGGAAGAUAUGGACUUUCUCAAAACACACACAUCAUACGAUGAGACCACUAUCAAGGAGUGGUAUAAAGGAUUUAAACAAGACUGUCCCAAUGGCCGGUUGACUCCAGCGAAAUUCGUGGAUAUGUACAAGAUGUUCUUCCCGUCCGGGAACGCGGUGGAGUUCUGCGACCAUGUUUUCCGCACUUUCGAUAUGGACAAAAAUGGAUACAUUGAUUUCAAGGAAUUCCUGCAGGCGAUUCAUGUUACGUCCAGUGGAACCCCAGAGGAAAAGCUUAAAUGGGCUUUCCGUAUGUACGACGUGGAUGGAAAUGGGGUGAUCGAUAUUCAGGAGAUGACUAAAAUAGUUCAGGCAAUUUACGAUAUGUUGGGUGCCUGUUCAAGUAACAGGCCGGCGGACUCGGCCGAAGAGCGUGCCAAGAAUAUUUUCGCAAAAAUGGAUGAGAACAACGAUGGACAGCUCACACAGGACGAGUUCCUCAAGGGCUGUCUUCAGGACGAGGAGCUCUCUAAAAUGCUAGCGCCUUAAACGCUAUAAAUAAAUAAAUUCAGCAUAUUUCACCUAUUCAUGUUGUGUACCCACCCAGAUAACCCGACGGCACGAAUUAAGUCCCUUUGACACUACAUAUUUUGAAAAUUUGCAUUUUUAUAUUGAAAAAUUUUUUUUUCAUUAUGCAGUAUCAUUUAUGUUACAAUAGGGUUGUGUACCGUUUUUAAAUUUCAGAAUUUUAGAUACUUUUAUCUAUUUAAUCAACAUUAUCACGCUGUCGGAUUGUCUAUUAAUGUUGUUUCCAAAGAUCAACCCCUUUUACGAAAUUUGAUAUUGAUACAGGAAUACUUCGAUCAUGUACGGCACAAUAUAAAUGUCAAUCGUAAUUUAAUUAUAAACGAUACAAUUAGUAUAGUCCAUUAACAGAAUUGAUAAGAUUAAUAUAACCAAUUUGCAUUAUAGCUCGUCAUUCGUCGGUAUAUAUGAUUCGUUUGGGAAGUGUUUCUAUGAAUAUUUUUACGAGUUUUUAGGCUGUUCGUGCUUAUAUAUAGUAGAGUAAAAUUUUAAAUUGUAUUAAUGUUGUAUUCGCCAAAGCCUAAUAAGAGGCUCGAUAAUUAUACGACCACGACGUGUUAGAGCAUUGUUAUUUCACCUCGGUUAUGUUUGUUUAAAAUAUAUUUAAUUUCACGGUAUUAUUGCUACGUGACUUCGCUUGCCUGAAGUUUAUUUUUAUUGGCAUUCAAAAUUAAAACAAGAUUAUGUGACGGUGGAACUUAUUUAUCGUGUUGUCGGCUUAUAUCACAGUAAUAAUAUUAAAGUAUUGUAUAUGAA